CUAAACUCAGAGAUAUUAUUCAUAAUUAUGUUUAUAAUGUUUAAUAGAUGAUUUGAAAAACAUUUUCUUAUUUAGAUAAACAUUUAACCUCUUGUCAUUUAUAGAUAUUUGUGAUAGGUUGUUACAAAUGAAAUGGGUGCAUGUAUUGAUCAUUCAAAAUAAAUACAUUUCAUUCGCCAUCUAACAUAAUAAUAGUUUCAGGUAAUACCAAAUUCAAUAUGAUAACAUCCCUAUGCUUAUGAAAAUCUGUAUGUAUUCACACGGAUGUACGUGUAUAACGUAUAUACAAGUAAAUAGGUUAGAUGACAAUUUACCAAGUGUAACUCAGAAGAAUCUCUCAUCCAAAUAUUUUUUAUUUAUGAUAAAAUGAAGUUGACUGUCUUCGGAAUUUUAGUAAACUGCUGGAUUCGGAUUUCUUUUCAUAUACAAACAUUAGAUGCAUCAUUUCUGCUUUAUCAUAAAUCAAAAUCUUCUUCGAUAGUUGAAGGGAAUUCACCAUCACCGCCUAUUUUACCCCAACGUUUUUAUACUGAAUUUUCUAUUUACUAUACACCAAGAGAUGAUGAUCAAAUGCCUUUGCCACCAUGGCCACAAAUAAUUCCGCCACAAUUACCAUAUGCUGUUGGACGUGGUAUGACAUGGUAUGCUAAUGAUUUAAGCAUUGCGAUUGAAUAUUAUGAAGAUUAUUGUGUACCAAUAUUUGAACCAACCAGUUAUUUUCCAUGUAUCCUGUUUAACUUUAAUCAUACAGCUUAUUUAAUUGCACCAAUCGACUCAGGUUAUGGACCAUGUUGCGUAUAUCGUAAACCAUUUGAGAUACCUAAGAGAAAUUUCAUGGAACAAUUUGCUAAGUAUUAUAACGGUACAACUGAACAAUUGGGAUUGGGUUUAUUGAAUCAAACUAUUCAAUGGUGGAUUAUACCAUCUGAUAAUGAAAAUCAUAAAAAUAAUGUGAAGCAAAUAAAUAAAUCUUCAUUAACUAGUCAUUCCGUUUUUGGUGGUUAUGGAUGGACUGUUGAAGAAUCAAAAAAUCGUGUACCAGUUUGCUUUUGGUACGAAGGAAAUGUUGGCUGGACUCAACAACUGUUUUUCAAUUUUGUUGCUGACGGACCAAGAAUCUAUGAUCUAGAAGGAUUUCAACUACCAGAAAUAUGUAAAACUGAUAUAACUUGUAUUUUUAGACCAUGAAAUGAUUUUUAGACAAUUAAUUUGUUUAAAUGAGUGAUAAAAUUUGUAUGAGUUUGACAUAAUCAUGUCUCUAUUAGCCUAUUAAUCAUAUGUGAGUAUCAAGAACUAAAAUUCAUCUUGUUUCAUAACAUUUAUUUCUUAUUUGGAAUACUUCUUCUCUUCUUAUAUUUCUUCAGAAUGUAGUCAUCAUUACAUUCUGUAUAGCGCAUUGCAGUAUUAAUCAAUUAUGUGUCACAAAUAAAUACAGGUCCUAACAACCG